AUGGCAGACCCCCCUGCCUGCUGUGCUGCCUGUGCCACCUGCCUGCUCUGCCCCUACAGCUGCCGGUGGAUCACUGCCAAGAAGGAGAAGAGGAAGGGCCUGAGAACCACCAAGUGUGACUGCAGCUGGUUCCUUUUCCUCUUCUGCGUCUUCCUCUUCACACUGGUGUGGCUCUACUUCGCUAUCAUCAUCCUCAAUGAUUUCCACAACUUCAACGAGUUCAUCUUCAAGCAGAGGAAGUUGUGGCUCGACUGGUCCCUGGUCCUGCUCAUAGCUACGGCUGUGCUGAUCACCUACUCAUCUGUGCUGCUGGUCCUUGCUUUGUGCUUGCAGCUCUGUGGCCAGCCCUUGAAGCUACACUGGCUGCACAAGAUCCUGCUGAUCCUAACUGCCCUGGUGGUGGCUGCAGCCUUCACAGGGCUGGGAAUAAAGUGGGCGGAGGAGUGGAGAAGUGCACGUAUCUCCCUGCAGGCAACAGGUCCCUUCCUGCACAUUGGAGUCGUGGGGGGAAUGACGCUCCUUGCCUGGCCCCUGGCCAGCUUUGUGUACCGCACCCGCAGUACAGGUCUCAAGGUGUUUCUGCUGCUUCUGUACUGCACAGUGAUGAUUGCGCUGUAUCUGGCUCCCCUGGGAAUCACCUCCCCUUGUCUCAUGGAGGAGAACCAGCUGCCCCCCAAGCCAGCCCUGGUUGGCCAUCGAGGAGCACCCAUGCUGGCCCCCGAGAACACCCUCAUGUCACUGCACAAGGCGGUGGACUGUGAUGUGCAAGUCUUUGAGACAGACGUCAUGGUGAGUGCUGAUGGAGUCCCAUUCCUCAUGCAUGACGAGGAACUCACCAGGACCACCAAUGUGCAGGUUGUGUUCCCUGAGAGGGCUGCCCUGAACAGCACUGCCUUCAACUGGACGGACCUCCAGCAGUUGGAUGCUGGCAGCUGGUUUCUGGAGCGGAGUCCGUUUCCCACCGUGCCGAGUCUUUCUGCUGGUGAUCGCCACCAGGCAACUAAACAGAGGAUCCCCUCCCUGGGACAGGCCCUCGAGGCAGCCAAGCAGAGCAAUAUCUCCAUCAUGUUCGACCUCCGGCCUGAGAACCACAGUGACUACCAGAGCUUUGUCAAUGCCACCCUGGCAGUGAUCUUACAGUCCGGCAUCCCACUACAGCAGGUCCUCUGGCUUCCCGACGGGUUCAGGGAACAGGUCAAACAGCAAGCCCCGGGUGUUCAGCAAGUCUAUGGCCGGAAGAGACUCCAGAAUGAGAAGGAGCCGCUACUCCAUGUCAAUCUGCCCUACCAGGACAUGAGCUCUGAGGAGAUCAGGCAGUACCGCCAGGACAACAUCUCUGUCAACCUGUAUGUGGUGAACCAGCCCUGGCUCUUCUCUGUGCUCUGGUGCUCUGGGGUGAGCUCUGUCACCACCAAUGCCUGCCAGGUGCUGAAGGAAAUGAAACAACCCAUCUGGCUGCUUCCCAGCAGCACGUAUCUCAUGAUCUGGAUCGUUGUAGACUGCGUUUCCUUCCUUACCAUCCUCUGGGCCUUCCUCUUGCUGAAGAAAUGCUCCCACAGAAGGCGGCCAGCGGAGUCUGAGACGGAUGUGCUGCUCACAAAGAUCAACAGCUUGAUGCAAGAGUGACCCCUCUUGCCUGCGUCAGCCGUGGGGAGGGGCAGCCACAGCCCUGCGCAGCUCAAGCGGGGAGCUCUCCUCAGGCCAGCUUCAAGGCUCCGUUCCUUUGCAGGCUCCUUCCUGAGCCUCACUUCUCCCGUAGCCUUCCUGGCUCUUUUCGUGGUGCACAGCUGCCCUCAGCUGAAAAGACUUGGAACUGGGUUCCCAUUUCCCAUUGGCAGCGAGGAACUAAAGCUUUGCAGGGAUUGCCUAGGGUGGAAUACUUAUCCAGCAGAGUUGGAGCUGAGACCUCUGCCUUGGGGUUUGGACACUAGUGGGGUUUUGGGUCACCGGUGCAGGGGCAGUCUCUACCUGUCGUCACUGCAGUGGCACUGCAGCCACUGAAGGACACCUGGUUUUCAUGUUGUUCCUCUGGCUUGAGGAGUAGAGAAUGGGGUGUGGGGUGGCUUUUCACAAGACAGAGCAGGAGCUGAGCUCUUUGCACCCCCAUGCUGGGCACAAAUCCUGCCCCUGCUGGCUUCAUGCUUACGGGUCAGGGUCCCGGCACUCCAUGCAGCAGUUAAUACCUGUUGCUCUGGGGGAAAAAGGAGCAGGGCUGGGAGUGG